GAACAAGGAACCGCCGUUUGAGAAAAAAGUUAAAUGUUCUUAUAAAUGGUGUGAAUUAUACAAAGCUAAACGUUAUAGUCAUACUAGUCAUAAUUCUUAUGAAUGUUGGUUUAGAAAAAAGGAACCUCCGUUAAAGAAGAAAGAUUUAAAUGCAGCAACUUCUAAAAAUUUUACUUUAGUUAAGAAGAAGGCUGGGGCCUCCCACUGA